CAAGAGCACAAGACGAACGAAUAUGUGCUGGCGAGAGCGGGUGAAAGUCGGAGGAUUUUGGACGUCAUCUUGCAAAGGAAAAAAAAUUGGAUCGGACACAUUCUAAGAGGUGAAAGCCUGGUGAGAGUGGUCCUGGAGGGCAGAUUCUACGGGAAACGUGGAAGAGGCAGGCCGCGUGCUAUGUUAUUGGAUGAUAUUAUAAACGAGGACUCAUAUGCGGACAUCAAACGAAGAGCUAUGGAAAGACAGAAAUGGAGAACAUGGGUGCCUAGAACCUGCCCUCUGUCAGAACACAAUGAUGAUGAUUACCAGAUGAGUUUCACAGACGACCACGCUCAAUUCAACGUUGCAAUUCGUGGAAAGCACAAGAAUAUCGUAUAGCCGUUUUAUAUUUAUUUCCAAUUAUAUUGUAUGAUGUUUUAUCAAUUGAUCACUAUGGACAUGUGCUAUUAUUCGUUUGCAGUAUACGUUUAUUACACUGCGAUUAUGUGAUAGAUAUAGCGAAUAUAUUAUUGAAAGCCUAUGAAAAAGCAAUUUAUAAUUAUUAUGGUAAAAAACUAUCGACAAUGAUUUUGCAUGUUUCAAAAGAAUAUUUGUUACAUGGUUCAUUGAGUUCAACAUCAUGUUUUCCGUUAGAAGGGCGAAUUCAAUUUUAUCAAAGAGAUGGACAUGGAAUUUCUUAUUUAAUAAAGCAAAUUAUUGACCAUUACGAGACGGAACUUACCAUUAAAUCGAUACAAGCGAAAAGUAAUAAUAAAUAUGAUGAAGACAAUGCAGAGGAAAUGACCGACAGAUUAUCAGAUCAAUUCAGACAAUUUGAAGAACAUGUUUGUCGAAAAUGUAAAGAAAAAAUUGUGUAUUAUCAAAGAAUGAAACUACAAAGAGUGCAAUAUCAUGCAAGAUGUUAUGCUCGUCGUGGCCCUGUCAACAACUAUACAAUUGCUUACAAUGUUAAUAACAGAAAUAUUUGUGAAUUUGGCUAUAUUGAUUUCUUUAUCAAAUGUAAAUGUGGAAUAUAUACAAGUAUAACAAAAUUAAAUAAAUUUAAAUCACUAUCAUGCUAUGUGAAACAGUCACGUUUUUUACCACUACUUCAACAAGUACUAGAUUACUUUUUUUACAUUGUGCAAGAAUCAUCUGAAACGGAUACCAUUAAAGUGGAAAAUAUUUGGCGAAAAUCUGUUAUUUGUAGUUUUGAUGGAAACUUCUUAAUUUCACCAGUUUCAGCCACGUAUGAACAUGAUUAG